AUGUUUUUUUUUCUGUUUCAGAGGGAAGAUGUUGCUAAUGAGGAAACGGCAGAAAGAUUCUCUCUUCGGAAGCAUCGCUUCAUGCAUUUUGCAUCGUUGGAAUAUGAAGGAGAAUAUUACAUGACACCAAGAGAUUUCUUGUUUUCAGUAAUGUUUGAUCAAGUUGAACGUAAAGCUUCAGCCAAGAAACUGACAAAAAAGGACGUAGAUGCUGCACUGGUAAACGUUAUGAAAGCUAAACCUGGACCGACCUUUUUUAGAGAGCUUGGUGAUAAAGGUUUGAUCUCAUAUGCAGAGUACCUGUUUCUGCUGACAAUCCUUACAAAACCACAGACUGGAUUUCACAUUGCUUUUAAAAUGUUGGAUAUAGAUGGCAAUGAACAAGUUGAGAAGAAAGAAUUUUUUAAGCUUCAGAGAAUCAUUGGGAAGCAAGAUGACUUGAAAACAGCUGGAAAUGAAACAAUAUUCCAGGGAGCAGAAUUGGAAGGCUCUGGUGUUAAUACCAUGUUGCUGGUACAUUUCUUUGGAAGAGAAGGAAAGGAAAAACUUCGCUAUUCUGAGUUUUUCAGAUUCAUGGAAAACCUGCAAACAGAAGUACAAGAAAUGGAAUUCAUACAGUUUUCAAAGGGCUUGAACGCCAUGAGAAAAGAAGACUUUGCAGAAUGGUUGCUGUAUUUCACUGAUGAGGAAAACAAUGAAAUUUACUGGCAAAAUGUGAAAGACAGAAUUCAGGCAGGCGAGAAUAUCAGUUUGGAGGAAUUCAAGACUUUUUGCAAGUUUACAAACAACCUGGAAGACUUUUCUAUUGCCAUGCAGAUGUUCACUGUAGCUAAUCGUCCUGUUAAACGGGCCGAGUUCAAGAGAGCAGUGAAGGUGGCAACAGGACAGGAGCUCUCAGAUAAUGUUUUGGAUACCAUCUUCAAGAUCUUCGAUCUAGAUGGAGAUGAUUGCCUCAGCCAUGGGGAGUUUCUUGGAGUCCUGAAGAACCGAAUUCAUCGAGGUUUGAGGGUACCGCAACAGCAAGGCAUUCAAGGUUACUGGAAAUGUGUGAAGAGAGAAAGCAUUAAAGGAGCAAAAGAAGUCUGGAAACAAACUGGGAAAAGUCCUUUUUAAAGGAAGCGUUGUUUACUCCUUUGUGGAAUCUGACCCUGCACUGUCGCAUAUGGGAUACGUAGGAUUUAAUCAUGGUCACUG